AAGAAUUAAUAUUCAAUAGAGUUUACGGAAUAAUUAAUAUUUAAUAUUAUAUCAAAUUAUAAAUUCUACGUUACAUCAAAUCGACCGCCUACAGUAUUUAGUCGUAACUCCGUGUUCAACAAGCUUCAUUUAAUAUGGCAGCCAUGACUCUUGCAUGUGGUGAUUUUCUAGAGUUUCAGGAUGCAUUGCAGAAAAUGCGACAGAUUGAUGACAAAAUUAUUUAUAUGUUGAACACAACAGUUCCAACAGAAUCUUUUAAAAGUCAAAUUGAUCCAACAGCGAAAUGUAAGGAUCUCUUUGAACAAAUUCAGUCAGGUCAUAGAAAAAGAGAACUGGCUAUUACAAAAUGUUUAAAUGCUACUAAAGAAAAAGUAAAACAAUUGAGGAAUCAACGAGAUAAUGGUGAUGAGAGUCCAGAGCUUCUUAAAACAUUAAGAAAAGAACAGAGUACAAUGAGAUUAUUACAAUCAGAAUUAAAUGUAGAAGAAGUUGUAAAAAACCGCACAUUUCAAGUGUAUUAUGAAAGAUGCCGCAGUUUUUAUAAACCAUCGAACAUAGGAUCUUAAUAAUAUGUCAUUGAUCACCUUUUUGAACUCCUCAUUUAAUUAAGUGGUUAUAAGCCUAACCGCAUUUAUAGUUGUGUAGGCUAUUAUAACCUGACAGAAUCAUGAUAAAUUGUAAUUAGAUGUAUAAAUAUAGUUAGUUACUGCAUUUUUGAAAUAGUAAAUACAUAAGAUUUGUUAUAUGUGAAA